CCGCCGUCUGUGUUCACGGUUCCCGACGUGGCUUCUGCCACGCCAAUCGUCCACACGGCGGACGCGACAUAACCUCCUCGCGCCUCGCCCCCGACGACUACACCCGGUGAAACGAUGCCGCGCCCGGUCGCCGUCGAGUCGAGCCUCGGUCGAUCGAGCGUUGCGGCGGUCGCGCCUUCCGCUGCUUCGCCCCCGUCGCGCUAGUCGCGCGUUCUGACCUUGGCUUCCGCGAGCCUCGUUCCCUCGAGGCGGGCAGACGCGACGUGUCACGAUGACGACGAUUGUUAGUCGCUGUUUUCACAAUGGACGCGAGCGUUGGGGACAGCGACGACCUGGGGACGACGUCCUUCCGCCUGGGGGAGAUGUUUGACAGCUACGAGGAGCUGGAGCAGAAACUGGACAGAGUCUCCAAGCACACCCUGGUGCAUUACUGGAGACGAGACAGCAGAACCGUAAGCGGGGCUCAUAUGAAAACCGCGCGGCCAAUUAGCGAGCGAUUGAAGUAUUACUCCGUCAAAUAUGCGUGUAUCUACGGUGGCCAGAAGUUUCUCCCGCGUGGUGCUGGUAGAAGGCAAUCUCAGUCCAUACGAACCAACUGUCCUGCUCACAUUAUGGUCAGGGCGUCUAAAGAUGGCACAAAGCUGGAAGUAACCAGCGUGAAUAAUGAGCACAACCACGAGAUCUCAGAGGAUCUGUUUAAGAGACUUCCCCAGGAGAGAAAGCUCUGCGGUGAAAUUAAACAGGAGGUGCAAGAUCUCCUGCAGUUGCACAUCGAUCGUAAGAGGUUGAAAGAAUACGUGCGAUUGCGCACCAACAAGAUACUGCGGUCCAAGGAUUUGUUUAACAUAGCGGCGGCUAAUAAACACAGGAAGGAUAUCACGCCGGAACGAGCGUAUCAAUUAUUCGAGAAGAUUCGCAAUAUCGAGAAGAUGCAGGCCAGGGGUGGCAAUAGGAAACUGUAUUCCGAAUCUGAGGACGAGAUAGCGCAGACCAUAAAAAGAAUGAAGAAGGAGCAAGAAUCUGCCUGGGGUCAAGACGGAUUGUCGAGCGAGCUGGAAGUCAACGAGGUAAACGACGGGGAAGAUUCUUACAGCGGUCAACUGACGCAGGAGGAGGUGGUCGACGAGAUCGAUACGAACGAGGGCGAAUUAUUGAGAGCGAACAAUGAAGGCGACAUAAUAGCGGCCGACGGAGAAAUAGUCGGCGAGCUGGUAAUGGAGAACGGCGAUCCGUCGGUGAUAGUCGAGUCCAUCGUCAACGCGGACGGUUCUGUUUUCGUCGACGAGAGGGAAUUCAAUAGCUACUGCAACAAUCACUUGUCGCACGCGGUGGACGACAGCCAGUCGCCGAAGCCACGUGUUCUAGAUAUAGAAACCAUCACCUCCACCACUACUAUCGACAACAUCACGAAGGAGACGUCUCCUUCGCCGAAUCACAAGUCGCAAGCCGACUCUCUGAUGCUUGAACAAUCGCCCAAGUCAUCUAGCAGCUUCCAAGAAACAGAUUCGAGAAUUUGGAUCAUGAAGGAGGGCACGUGUAUGGAAACGGAAGCGGAGAGCGGGCCCGAGAGCGAGACGAACGUGGUGACGACCAAGCCGGUCUCGACGAUGAAGCCGGACGCGGAGACACCCGAGGCCGUACUGUCCGACGAGACGAGCCAGCAACUGCUUCAGGAGCAGCUGGCGGUGCUGCGCGCCGAGAAGGGAAAGCUGUACCACGAGACCGAGAUGCUGAAACUGAAAAAGGACAAGCUCAAGCUGCAGAUCAAUUGCUACUCCAACGAAAUCAAGAAGCAGGAGAUGGAGCGGGAGAAGCUGAGACUCGAGAUCAAGCUGCUUCAAUCCAAAGUCAUGGAAGACACCAACGAUGUCUCCCACUACAUCUUCGUGCCCUAAGUUUCCCCGACUCUGUUGUAAAGUGAUUGUAAAUAAUGUCGUGUAUUGCUUAACAAAAUCCACUUUAUGUAAAUAUCAAGUCAGUUGUGUAUAUAAGUAAGACGAUCAUUGAAAUGGAACUGUGUCACAAACUUGAGUUGAAAACACGAAAGAGGAAUCUUGAUAAUUUUGACGAGAAAGAUACGACAUGUGACGGACAGUAUGUAUCAUUUUAUAGAAAUACCAAUUUUAUUAUUGAUUUUGUUA